AUGGCGAGCGCGGCGAAGGAAUUUAAAGUCCCGCCGCCGCCCGUCACCGCGGGAGCGAGCGGAACGGGUGGACGGUCGUCGUUUAGCGGGAUCACGUGCACGGUGUUCGGGUCGACUGGUUUUUUGGGUCGAUACGUCACGCACCACGUGGCGAAGAGCGGGUCGCGGAUGAUUCUGCCGACGCGUUGCGGUGAGAACGAUCGACAGCACUUGAAGGUGAUGGGCGAUCUCGGUCAGAUCUUGCAAAUGGAUUACGCGAUCAGCGAUGAGGGGGCGAUUCGACACGCAGUGGAGCGAAGUAACGUGGUCAUUAACAUGGUCGGGAGAGAGUGGGAGACGCGUAACUUUUCCUUCGAGGACGUCCACGUGACGUUCCCGAAGAAAUUGGCGGAGAUCUGCGCCGAUGUCGGCGUGCGUCGGUUGAUUCACGUCAGCGCGCUCGGAGCGGCAGAUGAUCACCCGAGCGCAUACUUCAGAACCAAGGCGCAGGGCGAAGCGGCGGUGCGCGAGGCGUUCCCGUCCGCCACCGUCGUGCGUCCGGCGAAGAUGGUCGGCGUCGAGGACAGGUUCUUAAACGUAUUCGCCGAGCACUCUCGCAAGUACCCGAUGGUUCCGAUCAUCGACGGUGGUGACACGCAGCACCAACCGGUAUUCGUCGACGACGUCGCCGUGGCAAUCAGGCAGAUUGUUCACGACGAGUUGACGAGCGGACGCACGUACGAGCUCGCGGGCAAGAAGGUUUACACCGUGCACGACCUCGCAAAGCUCGUCCUCAGAACCGCUCGUUCGCGACGCUCGACGGCGUACAUCCCGAGCUUCAUCAUGCGGGCGCUGUCGUGCCCGCAUGAGUUUCUCCUUCGCAAGGUUCCGUUCCCCAUGCCCACCCCGGUCGGCCUCACGCGCUCGUACAUCGACGCCCAGAGCCGCGACUACGUCAAGGCUCCCGAUACCUUGGGGUUCUCCGAUCUCGGAAUCGACCCGAACGAUAUCGAGAACGGCUACGUGUUGGACUACCUCCGAAGUUUCCGCGCCGGCGGCUACGCCCUCGGCGAGGCUCCGUGGGAACAAAACGCCGCCUGA